GUGUGUGCGCGGGGCGGGCGGGGCCAGGCCAGUGGGGAGUGAGCCGGCCUGCAGGCUCCCAGCCACUGCUGCGCUGCAGGCUGCAGACUCAGGCCGCACCAUGAAGCUGCCCCUCCUGCUCUGGGCCCUGCUGCUGCUGCUGCUGGCGACGGUCCCAGGCCCAGGCCCCGGGCCUGCAGCAGGUGCCAAGGGGACCUGUUCCCACCGUUGUGGAGACCGGGAUGGGCUCUGCUCCUGCCACCCGACCUGCUCCGGCCUGAACACCUGCUGUUCGGACUUUCGGGACUUCUGCCUGGAAAUCUCGCCCUACUCAGGCUCUAUGAUGGGUGGCAAGGACUUUGUAGUGCAGCACCUCAACUGGUUUAACCCCACUGAUGGUGUGAUCUGCAGGUUUAAAGAGAGCAUCCAGACCCUCGGGCACGUGGACUCCUCUGGACAUGUGCACUGUGUGUCACCCUUGCUGUAUGAGACGGGCCGUAUCCCCUUCACACUCUCGAUGGACAAUGGUCGCUCCUUCCCGCGUUCGGGCACCUGGCUGGCCGUGCACCCCAGCAAAGUGUCGGAGACAGAGAAGAGCCAGCUGGUGAAUGAGACGCAAUGGCAAUACUAUGGCACUGCCGACACCACAGGGAACCUCACCCUGACCUGGCAAGCCUCGGCUCUGCCCACGGAGACUGUCACCAUCGAGCUGUGGGGUUAUGAGGAGACAGGGAAGCCAUAUUCAGGGGAGUGGACAGCAAAGUGGUCAUACCUGUACCCUUUGGUCACAAACAUCCCCAACUCCGGCUUCUUCACCUUCACUCCAAAACCCGCACCUCAAAAAUACCAGAGAUGGGAAGUGGGUGCACUUCGGAUCAUCAACAGCAAAUACUACGCGGGGGAGAAGGAUGUGCACGCACUCUGGAGCAACGAGCACGCGCUGGCCUGGCACCUGGGUGACGACUUCCAGGAGGACCCUGUGGCCUGGGCCCGCGCCCAGUGCCUGGCCUGGGAAGAGCUGGAGGACCAACUGCCCAAAUUCCUGGAGGAGCUGCCUGACUGCCCCUGCACGCUGGCUCAGGCCCAGGCUGACUCUGGCCGCUUCCAUACAGACUAUGGCUGUGACAUUGAGCGUGGCAGCGUGUGUACCUACCAUCCGGGUGCCGUGCACUGCGUGCGCUCCGUGCAAGCCAGCCCCAGGUACGCCUCUGGCCAGCAGUGCUGCUACACGGCGGCAGGCACACAGCUCCUGACAGCUGACUCAACUGGUGGCAGCACCCCGGACCGUGGCCACGACUGGGGCGCGCCCCCAUUCCGCACACCACCCCGUGUGCCUGGUCUCUCCCAUUGGCUCUACGAUGUCAUCAGCUUCUACCACUGCUGUCUGUGGGCACCCGACUGCUCCCGAUACAUGCAGCGACGGCCCUCCAGUGACUGUCGAAGCUACCGGCCGCCGCGCCUAGCCUCUGCCUUCGGGGACCCACACUUCAUCACUUUCGAUGGUGCCAACUUCACGUUCAAUGGGCGUGGCGAGUACGUGCUGCUGGAAGCGACGCUGACCAACCUAAGGGUGCAGGGGCGGGCCGAGCCCGGGACAACGCCUGAGGGCAUGCGGGACCGAGGCACAGGGCUGACGGCCGUGGCUGUCCAGGAGGGCAACUCGGACGUGGUAGAGGUCCGGCUGGCUGGCGGGGCAGGGGUCCUACAAGUGCUGCUGAACCAGGAGGUGCUCAGCUUCACCGAGCAGAGCUGGAUGGACCUGAAUGGUAUGUUCCUGUCGGCAGCUGCCGGGGACAGCGUAUCCAUCAUGCUGUCAUCGGGGGCUGGCCUGGAGGUCAGUGUCCAGGGUCCAUUCCUGAGUGUGGCUGUCCUCCUGCCUGAGAAGUUCCUCACCCACACACAAGGCCUCCUCGGCACACUCAAUGAUGACCCCACGGAUGACUUCACCCUGCGCAAUGGGAAGGUCUUGCCCCUCAGCUCCAGUUCCAGAGAGCUGUUCCGCUUUGGGGCCGACUGGGCCGUGGAGAACGCCUCCUCCCUGCUCACCUAUGACUCCUGGUUCCUGGUUAACAACUUCCUGUACCAGCCCAAGCAUGACCACACCUUUCAGCCCCUGUUCCCCGAGGAGACCACCCCCAACCCCAGCCAGGCGACUGAGGCUGCUGAAUUGUGUGGGGACAACCAUUUCUGCAGAUUUGAUGUAAUGGCCACUGGGAGCCUGAGUGUGGGCAAUGCCACACGGAUGGCCCAUCAGUGGCACCAGCAUCGUGUGCAAAGCCUGAAGCCUGUGAGAUCCUGUGGUUGGCUAGCUCCGCCCACCAACGGGCUCAAGGAAGGUAUCAGCUACCUGAUGGGCUCCACUGUCCACUUCCACUGCAAUAGCGGCUACAGCCUGGUUGGGGCAGAGGCCAGCACCUGCCAAGCUGAUGGCACCUGGUCCAGGCCCACCCCAGUGUGCCAGCCAGGACGGAGCUACGCGGUGCUGCUGAGCAUCAUCUUUGGAGGCCUGGCAGUGGUGGCUCUGGUUGCACUCGUCUACGCGCUGCUGCGCCGCAGGAAGAGCAACAUGGCCAGCUGGGGUUCACAGCCCUGAGGGGAGCGCAUCUGGCCGGCAGCAGGAGCCACACGGGGCCACCCUGGAGCCAAGACCAACCUCCCAGGAGAAAGCCCCAAACCUCUGAGAACAUGCACCUCACUACUUUGCUCCUCAAAUCCCUAGCACCAUUCACCUGGGACCCCGGACAACCGAUGUCUGAGCCUUUAAUGCCCAUGGACCUGAGGACUGGUGACCUGCUCUGUCACCUCAGACCUGGACACCCGGCUCUAACCGUGCAGUUCCCGAGACCAGCACCUGGUGCUCUAGUCCCUAGACUCCAUACCCUUGAAUUCUAAUACCUGUUGCUAGAGACCCAGUACUCCGGCACCUGAAACUCAAAUGCUAGUACCUCAGAUCCCGUGUCUGAUGACCCUGACCCCUGAUAUACCUGAGACCUGGUGCCUCAACACGGGAGUCCUAAUGCCCAGCUGCCUUGAUUGCUGAACUUGCCCCAGCCUGAGUGGGAGAGGCUCCGUGUGUGGAGAGGCCUCAGCACACCCUAGUGGAGAGUCACUCUGAACUCCAGGCUUGUAAUUCCAACCGUUCUGGAAUGUCACUUGAAAUACCACCCCUACCUGUACCAGGAGAAAACAAACCUGUGGUGCCCCCUC